GAAAGAGUGGGAAAAGUACUUAUGGCGAUGACCCCCCAGGUUGAUCAGCGGUUCCUUCUUUUCCAGAGUAGGGCGAUUCCACUCAUUGUCAGCCAUCUCCAACAUGGCUAUCCGUUCGCUCCGCCGGGCUCUGCUUCUGGCAGCUGCCGCCGCCUUGCCUUUUUCCCAUCUUGUUGCUGGCCAGACUAUCCAGACUGAGGAUGGUGUUGUCUUGGAGGCCAACGAAAAGACUGUUGCCCCCGCCGUCCAAGUCGUCGCCGACACCAACGCUCCCGAAGCCUUCGUCCUGACCGACAAUGUCAUCGCCAACCUGACCGACCUCAACCUCUCCAACAUCACCCUCUUCGCUUUCCCCGAGGAAGAUGGCACCACCGAGGUCCAGAAGCGCACUCUUCUUGCCGGCUCAGGCUGCAAGACCGCACCCGGCGACUUACUCUGGCCCAAUCGCCUCACCUGGAAGGUCUUUGACCUCUUGACCGGUGGCGCCCUCAUCGAGACCGUCCCCAUUGGCGCCGUCUGCUACCCCAACUCGGGCGUCUACAACGCCGCCAAUUGCCAGGCCAUCAUUGCCAACUGGACCUCUUCCGACCUGCACGCCGCCGAUCCCACCUCCAUCAUGUCCCCCAUGUUCCAGGGCGAGACUUGCAUGCCCCAGAACAGUAACUCGUCUACUUGCACGGUCGGCGGAUUCCCCGUUUAUGCUGCGAAGGCCACCAACGUUGCUCAGAUCCAGCUCGCUGUCAACUUUGCUAGAAACCUGAACUUGAGGUUGGUGGUCAAGAACACUGGUCAUGAUUUCCUCGGAAAGAGCACUGGCUACGGUGCCCUGUCGAUCUGGACUCACAACCUCAAGAAGCUCGAGUACGUCAAGUCCAUCAAGACUCCUUCCUACUCCGGUCCCGCCUUCAAGAUCGGCGCCGGUAUUCAGGUCAAGGAGCUCUACGAGGUCGCGAAAAAGUACGGUGUCACCGCCAUUGGCGGCGAUUGCCACAGCGUCGGUGUUGCCGGUGGAUAUACCGCUGGUGGUGGCCACUCCCCCAUGUCCUCCAUCGCCGGUCUCGGUUCCGACCAAGUCCUCUCCAUCGACGUCGUCCUGCCCAACGGCCGCUUCGUCACCGCCGACGAGACCCACAACACCGACCUCUUCUGGGCCCUUCGUGGUGGCGGUGGUGCCACCUUCGGCGUCGUGACCGGCAUGACCGUUAAAGUCUGGCCCAAGACCAACGUCUCCGGCAUGACAUUCACCGUCGUUUCCGGCAACAACUCCGCUCUCCCCAACGACGUCUUCUGGGAGGGCAUGUACGCCUACUGGCGUCACUUCCCCGAGUACGCCAAGGUCGGCACGCAGGGCUACUCGCAGAUCUUCCCGUCCGGCACUGGCGGGUUCCUCUUCAUGAUGAUUCCCUUCUGGGUUCCCGGCAUGAAGCUCGCCGACUUCAAGACUCUUGUCCAGCCUCUGCUCGACGAGUGGACCAAAAUCGGAUUCAACGCCGGCUUUGUCGACGGCCCCAAGUUCUUCGAGUACGAUAACUACUACGACGCCUGGGCCGCCAACUUCCCUCCCGAGGCCGUCGGCACCACCUCCAUCCGCACCGCAUCCCGUCUCUUCCCGGCCAAGAACUGGGAGGACGAGGAGACGCUCACGGGCAUGAUGAACGCCGUCCGCUCUGUUGUUGAGGACGGCUCGGCCCUCAUCCAGUAUAACUUCCAGGUCAAGGCCCCGGCCGGCACCCCCGCCUCCGCGGCCAACUCGCACUGGCGCGAUGCGCUGUGGUUCGGUAUUUUCGGUACCACGUGGGAUGCCAAUCUGGACGCUGCUGGUGUGGAGGCGAUUAACAGGAAGAUUACCGAGGAUUGGAUGGGUAGAUUGAGGGUUUAUGGUCCUGGUGGAUACUUGAAUGAAGGAGAUGUUAUGGAGCCUGGAUUCGGGGAGGCGUAUUUUGGAAGCAACUAUGAGAGGCUGGUGCAGAUUAAGAAGGAGGUCGAUCCCACGGGACUGUUUUGGGCGCCGACGGCGGUGGGGAGCGAGGAGUGGGAGGUCCAGGGCCAGGAGGAGUGGUUGACGCUGCAGACGGGGAAGUUGUGUAAGAAGGCUGCUGGUUAGAGGGCCUGGGGGUUAUGAUGACUGAUGGGUGGGAUGUCAUCUUUGCAUAGCAUAGCAGGCGUGUGGAUUUCUUCGAUAGUAUCUGUGACUUUAACUAUAAUUGUAGGUACAUAUUUCUGAUGCC